ACAAACAUAAGGACAAACCUAGGGACAAAACUAGAGAAAAACAAAGGUUCAAAGCUAAAUCCGAAGAACUCAGAAAAGAAUUGCUAGCCAAAUACGAAUACGAUGCUGAUUCUUCUCAUCCGGAAGAUCCCUUUUUUCCUUCGCAAGCAUCCCGUGUUAGAAAUUCUAGAGUUGGGCGACCUCCGAAAUCUCAAGGCACUGAUAAAAAGUUCACGCCUAUAACCUAUCAAAAGUAUCCGACAAAUUAUGAUGAUUCUGAUAAUUUUACACCCUACACAUCCAGUGUUCCGCAGUCCCCGUAUUCAAUGACAUCGGGAUAUCCAAUUACUUCCACACCGUUGACUGAUAAUGUGCAAAAUACUGGGGUAUCUCAUCAAUAUGGAUUUGUAACGUCACCUCAAGAAACACCCAUGCCUUCUAUUCAUUCUAUUCCUUCACAGUACUUGGCUCAACCAUUUUAUCAGGUAGAUUCAGAGUCCACUGUUCCCACAACUUCCAUAGCGACUGCAACGUCUACAGUGCAGCAGCCAAUAGUCCCGUCUAUGUCGAAACCUAAAUCUGGAGCAGUGUUGGAAAUACCUCCUGAGACUGCGGAAUAUUUUGCUCGCGAUCAAAUGGGCAACGUUUUGUGGUUUGCCUCUCCGCCAAUUGACGUAGUGCAGGUACCAGAACCAAUGCAUUCAAUUGAAUAUUUGUGUCGUCGAAAAGAAUUGCUAGAGCGUGAUAGAAAACGGAAAUUACAAGAAGCUUUCGAUUAUGAAGAUUAUUCAAAUCCUCGAUUUGAGACACCCCCACGAUUGAUAGAACUCGAUUUGCUGAGUGAUAUUGAAGAAUUAGGCAAUAAGUGGAAGAAUGAUGCUACUUUUCUCAACCGACAACUUGAUGAAAUUGAUGAAACAUUAUAUGGUGAUUCAUAA